AGCAGUCUGGACUCCCCCCUGAAAAGUGGCUGAAAAGAAGCUUCGGUUGCGUUUCUACGGGAGGCUUUUCCAGAAGUGGGAAGAGCGGGCACCUGCUCUCCCACUCCCAGCCCGAGUCUCCUUUGCGGGCCGGGGGGCAGCCCCGGGCUGGAGAAGCCGCAAGAGGAAUGGGCCCCGGGGGGGCUGGGGUAAAGGACUCUUUCUGGGGAGAAUGCUCCGACCACGUCUCUCCUGGGGAGACCAGCACCCGUCCCCGGAAGGUUUUGCGCAAAGUGGCGUCCCAGGUGGUCACCAAGACUGGUCCGCCGGUGAGCAUCAUCUUCAGCACGCUCUUGUACUGCGGGGAGCUUGUGUCGGCCUGCCUGGUGACCUUCUCCUACAGUCGCUCCAGUGACCAGUUCUGGAUGCUCCUGACUCUCCUCCUCCUGCUCCUCUCGUCCACCAUGGUCCAACUCACCCUCAUCUUCGUGAACCGGGACUUGACCAGUGACAGGCCCUUCGUGCUCUUCAUGCACCUGCUGCUGCUCGGCCCUCUCAUCAGAUGCCUGGAGGCCAUAGUGAUGUUCUACCGCCUGGGUCGGGAGGAAGAGCCCUACGUCACCAUCACCCGCAAGAAGCAUCUUCACAGAGACUAUGAGAUUGAGGUCGAGCAGGAAGUGGGGCACUUGGUGCGCCGGCUGGUCACUCACCGCAAUGCUUUCAAGCGGAUGGCGGUCAUUCAGGCCUUCCUGGGCUCCACCCCACAGCUCACACUGCAGCUUUACGUCAGUAUAAUGGAGCAUUAUGUGCCCACCAGCAGAGCUGUCUUGAUGAGCAUGUGUUUACUCUCAGUCACUUAUGGAGCUUUGGUCUGCAACACCCUGGCCAUCCAGAUCAAGUAUGACGACUACAAGAUCCGUCUGCGCCCACUGGCCUUCAUCUGUAUCUUCUUAUGGAGGGGUUUGGAGAUCUCAACUCGCAUCACCAUCUUGGUUCUCUUUGGGACCGUCUUCAAAUAUUAUGGUUUGGCUGUUGGUGCGGCCAACUUCCUGUUGUUCUUCUUCUUGCCAUGGGUUGAGUUCUGGAGGAGUGGGGCCAAAUUGCCUGACAAUGUGGAGAAGAACUUCAGCCGAGUGGGAACCUUGGCUGUCCUACUCUCCAUCACUUUGCUCUAUGGCGGCAUCAAUGUCUUUUGUUGGUCGGCUGUCCAGCUCAGGUUGUCUCGGCGAGAUUUGAUUGUCAGGUCACAAAACUGGGGCUGUUUAGCAUUUUUCUAUGUGUUCCGGGGGAUAGAGAACAGUGUGUUGCUCCUGGUCUGGUACUUCUUCAAGACAGACAUCUACGAGUACCUCUGCACUCCCAUGCUUGUGCUGCAGCUGCUUGUGGCAUACUGUCUGGCCAUUGUGUUCAUGCUUUUUUUCAUGCAGUAUUUGCAUCCAUGCCGCCGCCUCUUCACACACAACGUCUCUGACUUCCUGCACUGUGUCUGUUGCCAGAAGCAAGAAGUUUCCAACCCUGUGCAUUUGGAACCACCUCAGGAACCUGGUGUGAGGCACAGUGUAGUAUGAUGAGAACUACACAGAACUUCCAAACUGAUAAUUAGUAAACUGCUGAUGGGAUGAUUAUGGACCCCAUCCUGUCAAGUCUCAGCAGUGGUAUCUGUUUACUCCAACGGGAUAGGCCUUAAUUUCACGGUGCUAUAAUUUAUAAACAGGGACGUUGGUGAUCUUGGUGGUGAUGUCUUCUGGAGCAUCAGCUGGACUUACAAUGGUGGGCUUUAAGAGUAUAGUUUUCCUUUACUGAUGUUGGUGCAGGACUAGGGGCAGGCAACAUCAAGUACAGCAGCAGGAGACUGUUGUAUGUUAUGAAAGAAGAACUCUAGUUGAGGGGGCAAAUCCAUCACUGAAGGAUGGCCGUGCCCUGCUAGGUGCCAGCAGUUUGGCAUCAGAACUGCCUCAGUUGUGCCCAUUUGCAAAACAUGGAACUGAAGGAUCCUCCAUUGGCUAAAAGGGAGAAUUAGUGUAAGAGGAAGAGUGGCCAAUGGGAGCUGUCUUAUAUCUGUGUGACAUCACAGUCCUCCCAAUAGUUGGAUAAAAUGGGCCUUCGGAAUCACUUUCCCAGCCCUUCCCUUUUACAUUUAUUUAUUCAUCUGAAAACUUGUGAAAACUUUUUUUUCUUUUUUUGUAAUUUGAAGUGCUGGAAAACAUUUUGCAAUUCAUAGGAACGUGGCCUCAUUUUAUCCUUGGGUUUCCACAGUUCCAUUUAUGGGCCAAGCUAGUGGCUGACCACUAGUGGCGUUUUUCAAGGCAGAAAGGACUGAGACCGAGCUUGUUGAACUUGUGAUGGGAAACUGGGCCAUCCCAUGUCCAAGUCAUGGUUCUAGGAGAUCAGCUCAUCAUAGUUGGGCUGUCACCUGGGAGGCGAGGAUCUUCCCCACCAGCUGGCUGUACUCCAUGCAAAUAUAUACUUGGAGUGAUUUUUUUUUUAAUCCAUUAUGUUGAAAUGCUCAGGUCUUAUCAACCCAGUUUGGCCAAGCUUCUUGGCCUCCCAAACAAUUCCCACUGUAUGUAGUGCAAAGAUGUUUCUGAACAUGAGCUUGUCCAGCAGGUGAGUCUUCAGCCCAAAUGCCUGUGAGGAACAAGGGCUGCUGGACAUGUUGGGUUAUGUAUUUGAUCCCAACAACUUCCUUGCACAAACUGAUUUCUCUUUGUGUCACUCCUCUGUUGAGCUAAUACAUAGGCCAGACUCCGUAUGGGGUUUUGAUGCCCUCAUAUUGUGGGGUGGAAAGCUGAUCUGUGACUGAUCCUAUUAUGGUUAUUUCUGUCCCAGUGAGCAGGGUGAACAUGACCUUCAGUAGUAAUAAUUAAGAAAAAAAGAAAAUGGAAGAGGAGGAUGAGGAUGAGGCAGCAGGCAAUAGAAGCAGCGCUCUUUAAUUGGAUGGUAGCCACUGUCCUGCUAAUUGCCCAUAAUGCAUUGCUGCGUGCCAUUGGGAGCUAUGAUCCCAUGACCACCUAAUGCUUGUUGGAGUCUGGAAAAGCAGGCUCAAGGCCCCGAACCCCGUCAUAGCCAGAGGAAGUUACUUAUUGAUGCUAAGCCUAAGAGUAGAGGAACAUCUGGGGCAACACAGGGUAAUCAGCUGCCCUUUCGUGCUACAUCAAGAUGGCCUCUCUGGAGCACUUUUGAUGCUCUCACUUGUAUAUUGACAGGUAUAUUUUCAGUUCAGCCUUUUCCAACCCCCAGAUAUUUUGCACUGCGACUCCUAUAAUCAACAGCCAUUAUGUAAAGGUUGGAAAAGGCCACCUUUGAUUAGCAAGGAGAGGCCCAUUAAUGCCACUUAGGCCCUAUCAAUCUUCCUACUUUCUUGCCUGUUCUCCACUGGAAAUGGGAAGAAAAAAAGGGUGGCUUAAAAAAUAGUCAAUUCUGGAUUGGCCUUUAAGAAUGUGUAAGUUCUUUAAAUCCUCAUUACGUUUGUCUGCUCUUUUCUCCAACCAAAGCAUCCACUAGCUACUGAGAUUGAGAACUCUAGCCUGAAGUAAACCCAGUUUCAGGGGAACCUUCUAAGUCCCUGCCCUCCUCCACUUCAUUUUGAACAGGAGUCUGUCUUUCAGCCAUGCAGCACAAGUCAAUGUAGCAGAUACCAGCCAAGCCAACCCUUGGGUAGAGUUUCACCCUGUCCAGUUGGCUUUCAGAGAACAGCUAAAGCCAGCAAGGAAUGCUCACCUACCUCAAGGGGAGAUUCCACCUCGGUUUCCCCUUUUUCCGCUGCCUUUCUCUGAUUAAUUCAGGCUUCCUGAGCAGGUUUUGGGACCAGGCAAUCUUAAGGCUAGAAGCACCAUUUAUUUUCUCUGAUCCUCCAUUUCUUUUUAAUGCAUCAUUUCCUGCAGAGUAGCCAUUCUGGCAAGGGACUUCCCACAUGUGAUUUUUUAUGACUGCUGGUUUGCUUCCCCCCCCCUUUUUUUUCCUCAAGUAAAGCAGCAUAUAUCUAGGGAUUUAGGAGAUAAAUAGACAAGUGCUGCAGUUAAUCAUCCUGAACUACCUCUUUGAAGUGACAAUUCCUUUCCCUUCCCUUCCCUUCCCUUCCUUCCUUCCCUUCCCUUCCCUUCCCUUCCCUUUUUUUUUUUUUUUUGCUGCCCUUUCUUUGAGUAGAAGCGAUGUUUGGAGUAAUGUGAGGGGUCUGCAAAUAAAAUAUGCCUUAAAUAAAUCUAUUUCUUUUCAAAAGAUAGGUAUUCUGAAGGCUUGUCAAGGAGUUAAGCAAAAUUACAAAAUAAAGCUCUUUUUCUUCCCCUUUAGGUGGGAGGUUGAAGAUUAUAUGCUGGGCUGGUUCCUGUUAUUUAUUGGAUCAAAACAAAACUCUUCCCCACACAUAGAAAACUAGCACAUCUGGGAGAAGACUUCCCUAUACAAUUAUCCUAGUCUGGCCUGUCUCAACCAGCCACCCUCCAAAUACACCAGAUUACCACCUUUAGAACAUGCUGCCACUUUUAGGAAUUAAAUCAGAUUGUUCUGUUCUAGCCAAGACAUUGUUCAGAAGAGAACACGAAGUUACUAUUCUUAAUUAAAGUAUUUGUUUUUAAAUG